AUGCCCUUCUACUUCAGCAGCUACUCAUCCGCUGCAAUACCUGCCACGCAGGUCAUGUUGAAUGCACUGACAAGGAAAUCCAAGGCCAAACCCAAGGUCCUCGUCGAGGCGGCUGAGGGUGCCACGAAGGAGGCAGACUCCACCGUGAAGACGGCCAACACCGACGCCGGCGCGGACAAGUGUCCCUCCUCCUCCUCCGCCGCCUCAAGCGGUGGUGGGGCCGCCUGUCGCGUGAAACACAAAAAAUCUCACAAAAAGGCUACCCUACUCACUGCUGCUAGCUGUAGCCGGGCGCCCGAAGAGGAAAUGGCAUCACGUGCGAGAAGUGCCUCCUCUAGACGAUCCUGCUCCACAGUGGUGACCUUCGAGUCUAUUCAGCCCACACAGGUGUGGCAGGCCUCUGCCAGCCCUUCGCCACCGGCCUCCCUAAAGGGCGACCUAGCCAAGUACCGACGGGGUAAAAAGGGCA